ACCCUUCUUUCUAGAAUUCAGUGAAUCAAGUCACACACAACCUUUCCCAUUUCUUCUCUAAAACUUUCUCUCCCUCACCACCACCACCACCAUGAACUCACCCUCAUCACCACCACAAACAACCCAACCAUCACCGCCAUCUAAAGCGCUUUCCGCACCUGGGUUCUCUUUAGAUUUCUUAAAGAAAGAACCUUUUUUAGAAGAAAAUGAAGAAAAACCAAUUCCUCGUGUGGCUGUGACGCCCAUUCCUAUUCCUGCACGGGCGUCACAGCCAUCCAGGCGGUACUCAACAAAGGACCGCCACACAAAAGUAGAAGGACGGGGCAGACGAAUCCGAAUGCCGGCCACAUGUGCCGCACGGAUAUUCCAGCUCACUAGAGAGCUGGGCCACAAAUCAGAUGGAGAAACAAUUCAAUGGCUGUUACAACAAGCUGAACCAUCAAUCAUUUCAGCUACAGGUACCGGUACUAUCCCAGCUAUCGCUAUGUCAGUUAACGGCACCCUCAAAAUCCCCACCACACCACCAACCACCAAAAGAAAACUUCCACCUGAUUUUGAUAUAAACCGAAACGAAAAUAACAUUCAAAAUAACACAACCACAAGUAGUGUCAUGGCUCCACUCAUGACAACAAACCCAACAACACCACCACAAAUACAACAACCACAAACAUUCCCUCAUUCUUUUGUCCCGGUAUGGGCUAUUCCGAUAGCCCAUAACGGGACAUCUGCCGCGUUUUACGCGUUGCAACCGUCCACAACACCACCAUAUUUAAAUAUUGCCACUACACCCAUAUCAUUUUUCACUACUAUAGAUCAAAAACCAACUUCUAUAAUAUCCGGGCCAACUACUAUGUCAAAUACUACUACUACUACUAAUGACAAUGAAACAAAAGAAUUUGUUUUCAUUGAUGCAAAAACCCAUUAAGAAUAAUAACAACAAAAGUGAGUUUUAUGUUUUACUCUUAAGUUUUUGUGUUUUUAGUUUUUUACAUUUUGGUUGGAUAAAAAAAUAAUAGUAAUAAAAACAAUAAUAAUAAUAAAAUUAUUAUGGUGAUGAACGUGAGCACGUGAGUGAAGAUUAGAGUAUGUGUAAAAGUGGGGUCUACAAGGUGGGCAGGCCUUCUUUGGUGUAGGGUAAGGUAAAUGCGGUGGGGGCCAAAAGACAUUGGGUGCAUAAGUGGACCCCCUGAGUUUAAUGGACCACUUUUUGGUGGGAUGGUAGGUCCAUUUAAAGUGUGGGCCCUUUUCAUAUUGAAAACCGUUGAUUUUUAUGACCCACGGGCCCAGAUGACCUGGACCUGCGUAGCAUACGGCAAGGAGUCCGCCACGUGUCUUUUUCCGGAUGGGCUUAUAUGAUAGUUUGUAGGGUUUUGACACGUGUUUUUUCCUCAUUGGGGAUUUUUAUAUUUAUUUUAUUUUCCUUUUUUAUUUAAACAUAGAUUUAAAUUUACUUUUGUAAUGUGUAACUUUUGAUGGUUCAAUGUGUUUAGAUGAAACAUAAUGCACGCUGGUAAGUUCGGUGGUCGUCCACCCACCUUGUUUUUGUGCUUCCAUGUAUUAACAGCUGUAAUCUAUACAAUAAAGUACGUACUACGGGUCGAAAUAACAAGAAGUUAAUAAAUUAAUUUCGUAUAUUACAUA